GGGUUUGCGCUGCGAGCCGGGGCUGCACACACACCCCCGAGGGCCUGCGCCGGGCAGCCACGGCGCGGCGAUGGGGCACCGAGCCCCGGAGCCCGCGGGCCCGCUCCCCGGCCCCGCCCGCCCCGCCCGGGUGGAGCCGGGCCCCGCCCCGCCGCGGGAGGAGGAUGAGGCGGCGGCGGCGGCCCCGGCCGAGGCGGCUGCCCCAUGGCGGAGGAUGUUGACCUGAAAGCAUGCCGGGGAGCUUUGGAUGACUGCUGUCCACCUCCAGGAGAGGAUCAGCUGGAGCUGCAAGAAGAGGAGAAAGGCAUAAAUCAAAGCAACAGCAACCAUGUAGAUUCCCUUCUCUCCUUAGAGGGCUAUUUACAGCUUCUGUCAUCGCAGGUGGAAAACAUGCUAGAGGUGAACUUACUGGAAGAUACACAAGUUGCUACUUCUAGUAGAGGCCAAGACCCAUCAUCCUUACACCACAAUAUAAACUUGGCCCAGACACUUCACAACAGUUUCAGUCCUCCUGAUGCCAUACUACUAAGAACAGACUACCCCACGCAAUUAAAUUCAAAACCAAGACACUUACAAAGGCAAGAGUUUUUCCCUCAAUCAAGCUCUGAUAUCACAAAUCCAGAAUCACUAUUUCAUGGGUCAAAUUUGACAGGGCUGUUUUCAGCUGCUGACCUUAGAAAUCUAACAGCCCAUGAUGAUAAUUUUGAUGAAAUUAGGCUUAUGUCUUUGGCUUUGGAGGAAGGCUUUAGUCCUAUAGAAGUUUCUCAGAUCUUUGAACAGCCUGGCUCAGAUUCGGGACUAUCUUUGAAUUCAAAUCACAGCACCACCUCUUAUUCAGUCUGCUGUGAAGAUUCUGUUGGGUACAGUAGCGGUGUUAAACCUGCUCCUUUGCAUGGCUUAGGAGCUGUUGGUGGCCACUGCCAAGAAAACGUUAAGCACAGCCAUGUGGAAUAUCCAGGUGUUGCAGAGUGUUCUACAGAAGCCAUGCUUCAGCAGUUUCUUCAUAAUCACACUUACAAUCAGCUGCCAAGUCAAGCAGCAUCCACUCCGGAGCAUUAUCAGCAGAUGUGGAUGAAGAAAUCAAACGAAGUAAAGGAGAGGUGCCGUAAUUCUGUUGCUACAAACCGGAGCAGAGAUGAAUGGCGUGCAAAAGCUCUGAGAAUACCAUUUUCAGUCGAGGAGAUUGUGAGCAUGUCCGUUGACUCUUUCAACACCAUGCUAGCAAAGAACCAGCUGACAGAAACUCAGGUAUCACUUCUACGUGACAUCAGACGAAGAGGAAAAAACAAGGUAGCUGCCCAAAAGUGUCGUAAACGCAAACUGAAUGCAAUUCUUAACUUGGAAGAAGAUGUGUAUAAUCUCCAAACACAAAAGGAGAGCCUUAAAAAGGAGCAUUCCCAGUGUAGCAAAUUAAUCAACCAGAUAAAGCAAAAAUUAAACAACUUGUACCAUGACAUUUUCAGUAGACUGAGGGAUGACCAGGGUAGACCUGUUAACCCACGCCAGUACGUCAUUCACUGCAGUAGCAAUGGUAGUGUUUUCAUAACACCCAAGCACUUGGCCAAAUCUGAACAGAAACAAGAUAACAGAAAAGAGCAGAAACAAAAGUAAGAUGACUGGAGAUCACCUAAAUAGCCUUUAUUUUGCCUGAAAGGAUGAUAAGAGUACUUGUGUGACAACUAAAGGUCAGUGAUUACAGCAGUUCAAACAGAAACAACUACGCUUGAGGAGGAACACUCCAUGUUCAAGGGUCUGGCAAACCCAACCAGCUGUGAUCUGUUAGAACGUCCAUGAGCUGAGGCUUCCAAAUGAGGAAAUCUGUUUAGUUUUAGUUAGAAUUAAAGGAGCUAGAUCAUCAGUGUAGUGUAGCUUUAUAGACCUAUGUAAAAACUAGGAAUUUAGUUACUGGCAUUGGGGGGCAGAGGGGAGAACAUCAGUGAGGCAUACAAGUCAACUCUGGAUCAAUGUUACACAUGCAAGAAAAUGCUUUAGUCUUGAAUACUUGACUCUUUAUACAGAAAAUGACCUUAUUUUAUUCUCUAGCACUGAAAAUUAUAGUUCUAGUGCAUCUUCAGUUUAAAUUCACUGUGGAUUUACAUAGGCUCAAGAGAUAACUACAUGCUUUCCAUUUAUUCAGUUUUCCUUUGAGGAGAGCAGCCCAGGAGGCUACUGCAUUUUUCCUCACUACUUUCAGCAUUGUAACUCCAAGCAAAGAUAACCUGCCACUUAAUUUUACAACCUAUACGCUCAAUCUGCAAACAUGCUGAAAAACAGUGUCUGAUUCAGUAUUUUCUUACCUUCAUCCUCUGCAACUAAAUCAUUCUCAACUUUCUUCUACAAAAAUGACCAAUGGUGAAGGAGUUUCUGUUCUGUUUCCUAGUGACUGUGAUAUUUAUUUGUGUACCUUCUCUUUUCCUCCCAUUUUGACACCUUCCUCAAGAAGUACUUGAGUUUUUCUGUGUGGCUUUUUAAACUGGUAUUUUUUAAGUGUCUUUAAUGUUCUGGAUUUAAUUUUUUAAAAUAUACAUUUUUCUUAGUCUUUAAAUUAAAUUGAACCAAAUUACUGUUUAUCUAUACUUGUAAUUAUGAGGUUAUACUCUGACAGUGCUCCAAAUGAAGAGGGUUUUUUGUUUGACAUUUAUUUGUGCUAUUAGAAAGAAGUUUUAUUCACUUACAACAUUCUAAAAAGGUCUGCAAGAGAUGGUCUAAAAGGCCUGUAAUGAAUGAUAAGGAAGGAAUGUUGAGGUAUAUUAUUAUGAAAGUAACUACUAAUAUUAAUUGCUAGAUGACAACAAAUACUUCUUGUUAAUUUUAUAACUAAAACACAUAAAACUAGUAUUUAAAAAGUUCUCAUUGGUCAUGGCAUGAUGACAAUGGAGCAAACCUGCAUUCAGGUAUGUUAAAAAAAAACACUUGUAGCAGUCAUGUAAGAACUACACAUACAAGCUUAAAUGCCAAAUUAUACCUGCUGAAGAAACAAGCUGCCACUAGCACAGAAGUCACAUUGGCUGCUUGCACUUAUCUGUAACAAAGCUGAUACUAUCAAGUGACAUUUUCUAAAAAGGGAGCCCUAAGAUAGUACCAAGUGCACUGAAUUAUCAGUAGUGGAAUCAGACUGUUUGAACAAUUUUCUCAGCAUUUUCUAUUAAAAGAUUUCUUUAAAUACAUGUGUGCAUGUGUUCUUUACUGGUUUCACCACAGUCUCAAAUUGGUAAGUGUAAAUUCAUAGCAGAAAGUCUCAUUACUGAGGCUGUGCUGUUUUUUGCUGUUGGUUAAGCAUCAAUGUGAGACACAUCUAUCAUAAUCAGUGUUCUCAUGGGAUUUGUCUGUUGGCUAGAUCACAAACUCCAACCAAAACAUGCAGUAGGUAUCAGAUACCUGUGAUGAACUUUAUGAACAUAUAUAUGAUAUGAUAUAUGAACAUGAUGAUAGGAACAUAUAUAAUACAUAUAUGAACUUUAUUUCUAGUUGUAGGGAAAAAAAGAAGUACAUAUUGAAGUCAGCAUGAUCAUAAUCAGUUGAAUGACAUAAAUAUUUUUAAAUCCACACACUUACCCUUUGCAGGACAAGGUUUUUAAACCUACUUCACUGCCCAUGUGCAUAAAUUCUCAUAGCUAUAGAUUAGGCUCACAACUGAGAAAUCAGAAAGCUGAGUAUUUCUGCUUUAGGGCCUCAUGCAGGGAGGAAAAAAACCAACUAAACUUUUUGGUGCCUACUCCUUCAGUAGCAGUGGCAGGUGAGCUGUGUGGAAUUUUGUAAGGCCAGCUGCUGGUGGACUAUUGAAUGUACCCAACUGGGAAACAGCUACACAGUUAGUUACAUACCAAGUUUGGUACAUACCAACAAUAAAGCAUACUGUAACCCUUUCGGACAACAAUACUAAUGGAAAGCAGCUUACUCCAACUGACCUGUUUGAGACAUCAGCCCCAAUACUAUUCCAUUCCCUGUAAAUGUGCAGAUUUAAAGCAUUAUGAAUGGCCCUCAGCUAAUUCAACUGUCAUUAUUGCCCAGUAACUAUUUCUUUAACAAGUUGAUGUAAGAACCUCAGUUCCUCAGAAUUCCUCAGAACCUCUGCUCCUACAAAAAACUGAGUUGAAAUACUGAAUUUGGGUGGACUGCAACAGUACUGAUGAUACAAUGAACUUUAUGUCUGGAUGUGCAUUUUUUUUAAACCAUCAGCUACCUGCCCACAGUACAAAACUAUAGGUAGAAUUCAGACCAAUGUCCUGUUUUUAACUGGAGUAGACUCAUUUGAAGUGUCUUCCCUUUCUGCAACUAGCCUGUGUUUAUAAAGAAAAAUUCCAAACAGACAUUCACAGACACAAAAUCCACACUAAACAAAAAUUCCCAAACAUGGUCUUGGCUAUGCUUAAACGACGUAUGGUUAGGCGAGACAGCUGAAGCUUUUAACGCACUUUCUGUACUGGCCUUAGACCAUAUUUGCAACCUGUGUACCAAACUAGAGACACUAUAGAAUUGAGCUUUUCAGGUAAACAGAACUCAUCAAUGUUGUUACUGAAAGGGUUGUAAAACGUAGGUAACACCUGACUGAAGUCUGUCUUGUCUUUAUUAUUGACAGAUCAAGAUUUUCACAAAAUCAAAACCCCAAGCGUACAAACCAGGAGCUUUAUUGCAUGGAAAGACAUGUUAUGGUAUCAAACCUACUCUGGAGCCAGAUGGCACAUAGCCAUUACAGCUGCAUCCUACCUUACUACUACUCUGUUGAAACAAGUCUCUGAAGUUAGACUGAAAACACCCAUUAAAUCUAACUAGGAAACCACUAAGCUGAUCAUUGUAAAUAUAGCUGUUGACAACAGCAACAAAAACCAGAAAUACCCAAGUGGGAGUGAUCAUUAAAAUACUGGUCCCAUGGUAGAGCCUUCAAGUAGUCUGCAACACUUCAGUGGUAGACUGCAUUUUUGUUAUGUUAGUAAGAGUGUAUCUGCAAGAGGUUAGGAAAGGUUGGAUUAAGUAAAAGGAAAAACACUGGGUGGACUGUAUUCCCGUCCUUGAUGGCAGCAACGUGUACUAUGAAGCAUUUACCUGCUGGCACACCUGUCCUGGAGAAACAUCACCAGCAGCAAAGGCAAGCUGAGUACUCCGUCCAACUGCAGCCCCCAUUGCAUGCUUUUGAGCUGGAAGGCUGGACACUCCCGUAGAGGCUGCUGCAAACAAGCGCUCCCAGAAGAGACACAGCUUUCUGCUCAAACACUACACACACUUUGAAUGACCACUCCUGUACUGCACUGAAGUGCAGCUUUAAAUUCAUGUUUUAGCUUUUAUUCAAUACAUUUGGCUUUUUACAAUGUCAAAUUUUACAAGCUGAAGCUGUUCCUGCUCAAGAGCUUACAAUCUAGUUUUAGAUGGGGAACCAGAACAAACUUCAAUGAGGAAACGAUUGGACAAAACACUUCAUGAAUAUCAACUAUUCAAUCUUUGUCCCAAAACACACACACACGCACACACGUAAGUUCCUCCUCUGGGAGUCAUCUAAGAAGAAUCUUGAGGAGAGAGGUAGCAGAGACCUAUAAAUAAGGCAACAGGACACUCAACACCAGGGUGUAGUAAGAACUGUUUAUUAAGUAAACCAAAUAGAGAUGGCAGAUGUAACCACGUGAAGUGUUAUUACUGUAGUGUAUACCUCAUGAUGUACUGCAACUUGACACCUGCUGCACUUCUACUAGAACUCCGUGAAGCCACCCAUUUUCAUACAAGAAUGCCCCAAAAUGAACCUAACAAGGGGGGAAGGAAGAGUGCUAGUAACAGCAAUUUUCUAGGACUUUCCCCCAGUCACCCUUUUUCAUACAGUGAAGUAGCAUGGGAGGUCUCACAAGCUAGUUUGUGACUACAAGGUGCCGGAACACUGUUGACCUAAUGUUCAUAGCACUCUGUCAGGUAAGUCACACAGGCAUUAUUUAUACAAUGGUAAUUUUACUGCUGAUGAACAAACCAGUUCUUGCUCCAUUAAUUGGAGUAACUCCUGACAAAAUUUAUGUGCACCACAAACCAACAGUAGCUGCAAAGCAAAAACAUGACUGUUAAAAGGGACAGUACUUCUGGGAAAAUGGAUUACGACCCAGGCAAACCCUUCCAUGUAACACUCCUAUCCUAGACACACUGAAUGGUAUAGCUGAAUAAACAUGGCUGAAGAGAAACAGCCCUCUCCCUUAUGUGGAAAAGCAAAAGCACCACUAUGGUAGUGGCUCACUUGCAUCACGAACUACUUCAAAAACCAAACAGAACACUAAACCUACAGGGACUGCACAGCCCCAGUACGUUCCCAGCAAAUUAUCCUCUACCAAUGAGGCAAAGCUGCCAAAACAAACUCAGCUGACAACUGUUUGAAAAUUCAGAUCCAUUUCUGGGGCUUUGAUUUUCUUCCCCAGAAGCGGUAUGAUUUCAUCACCAAGAGAUCAUGUACAUUUAUCAUCAAACUAAAAGAACACAGUCUUUCCUACACGUAACAAAGUUCAACUCCUGUUCAUUUUACAGCAUUAAUAGCAAUUGUUCACAUUUUCUUGAAUGUUUUUUAGCAGCUGCAGCACAACAGAAGUGAAAAAAAUUCAACUUUCAUGGUAUGUAACACAGUCUGAGUGGUCAGAACCCUACUACUGACCUCUUUUCACCAUCACUUUAUAAAUACAAGUCAUACUCCAUUUUUGGGUGUUCUUUGGCUCACAUACGAGUUAGCAACAAGUUAUGUUUUUUCUUUCUUCUCUCAGUUUGCUGCAAUAAGUGUUCGCUGGGGGAAAACUAGACCUAUGUACUGACAACCUGAUCCUUGGCUGUUACUACUACCUGGAAACACUGCAAUGUUACACAUACUUGGAAGACAAAGUCUGUAGUGACAAAAUCCCACUUGAUAGAAAGUAAGGCUCCAUUGUCCACAAACUGCUGACCAGUAAUUGACCACAAUGCUGCUUUUAUUUGAAGUUGCUAACUUCCAGUAUCAGGUUGACUCAGAACUGUGACUUGUCUCACCACAUUUGCUGGUGACCACUGUUACCUGUCACAUGCCCAAACUUUUAAGACCAUACCAAGAGAGAAGUCAUGAAAAGUUCAGCAGCAGGAUAUCAGGAAACCUAAAGAUACCAGGUUUUCAAGACUUGAAAUAUCCAGUAAUUUCAUUCUUGCACAGUGCUGUCUCCCCUAUACACUCCCUUCUCCCACUGCCGUCAGAUCAAAAUGAGAACAUCCUCCUUAUGGAAAACAUACUCAAUGCAAGUAAAUUUUAAACCUUGUUGCUACACUAAUGAAAUAGUAUUUAAACAGAAAAAUAAUUACUGCCCUUUGAAGUGGUUUGGUUAGUUUUUUUUGCAUGGUGUAUGAGUGAGGACUUGGCAACUGUAAAGAAAAAACUUCCAUCAACUACAUCUAAGUUACGGGAAAGAAGACAGAUUCCUUAUGAUCUGGUCAUUCUGUUGGAAAGAAGAAAGUAAAGCAGAUUUGUGCGUCUUCAUUUUCUGCUUCCGUUGCAGCCCACCGGUUACCUAUUCAAGUAUUUCAAAGUUCAACUUAAGAAACAGAAAAAAUUGUAUGUGAAUCCUUAAACAGUAUUAUAAAGGUUAAAGACAUGAUGAUUCUGCCAAAGCACAUAAUUUUCAA